AAUCACAAUCAAAACUCUUGGAUACAAUGGAGAAUAUUGUGUUACUGCCAAAACAAUACUUUUUAAUGUUAAAACGAGCAAGUUCUCUUGUCCAAUUUGCCUCAAUUUCACCCAAAAAGAUGGGCGCUAUCACACAGUAUUACUUGCUGUGCCAGCACUUUUUCUAAUUUGCAGUGGUAUUGCUAUUAUAACUUGUCUGGUCUGGUAUAAGAUAAGAGUAACCUUCAAGAUGCCUCAAGUUUUGGAUUUUUCAAAUAACAAAUAUUGCCAGAAGAAUCCAUGUUUGCCAGAACUGGACCCCAAUAUAUAUCAUUCAGUUACCAUUUGUAAUAAGGCAGAAGAGGACUUCUCAAUCAAACUUCAGAUUCCUGAUAUAUAUGAUGAUGGGGACAAUAUUUACCCAACCAAAGGCCAAGGAUACAUGGUGCGACCCUCUAUGCAAACUUUAGAUCCUCAUAGGCAGCUGUACUUUUCUUCUAAAGGCUUGGAGUUCAAUUCCAGCAGUGACAACUCUUCAUCUGGCUGUACCUGCCCAAAUACAUCAGGAUCAGUCACAAACAUGUUCUUCGAAGCAAAGAAUGAUCAAACUAGCGAUUGUUCUAAUGAGAUCAAUAUAGAUGUCUCAAGAGAUGUUCAAAUGUUUCCCUCUACAUCCAUUUCUGAGAGCAACCGGUUUGACAGUCUCCCUACAUCAGUCUCUAAUUCCUUAGGGAACGUGCUCUUUGAUACAUUGUGUAUAGGGGGCAAUAAUGAUCCUAUGGACAUCUCAGAUGGGGAAUCUGAUAACCAGUACUGCACAGACUCUGAGGACGACUUGGACUCAUGCCAUACAGACUAUAAAAAGUCUGAUUCCAAAUCCCCUUCAGAAGAUGAAAACGCACAUAAAGACUGCAGUUCAGAUUACACACUGAGGACUUGCAUGUCAAGGAAAUAUUAAAUAUGGAGAAACAAAUAUAUUUAUUUAUGGAAGAUUAGGGCUAAUAUUGCAAUGAAUGGUAUAAAAUGUGUGUGUGUGUAUGUAUAUAUACCACCUAUAAUAAAACAGAAGGAUUCUUGUUUUCUCUACAAGGAUUUUAUUGUUCCAAAGCAUUAAAAAUGAGUAGACAAUCUUAAUUAAAAUGAUCCUAUUUUGUGUCUACAGUCCUAUACACACACCUAUGUGUUUCCUUGGUAACAAAAUGUGUAAAUGUUCCCAUGUGGUCAUAUUUCCAACCAUGUAUUCCCUACCUAGUGCUAACCUACCAAAUAAAUUAGCAAGGGUUAAGGAAGGAAGAAGGAAUAUGCGAGGGGGUAUAAAUGAUCAGACUACACAGGGUUUGUUUUUUGUCUGUUACCAUGGAGACAUACAGGAUUGCAUAGUUGCUGUUUAC